UACAGCGUUCCUGUUGCAGCUGUACGCACAAGGAUCCAAUAUUGUACAAACAAGAAACGAAACCACUCAAACCAGCGAGUGAAGAGGCCAGAUUACAAAGUGGCAUACGUUCAACUGGCUCAGCAGCAAACCUUCCAGUUCCCAGAUAUCUUUCCUGAGAAGGAUAAGAAGCACGAGGAGGGCUCUGUUGAGGAGAUGCAGGAGACGUUCAUGGAGGAUGAGCGUCAGAGGCAGAAAUCAGAUCCCAGAAGAGGAGGAGUUACUGAAUGGUUUGGCCUCUAGACAGACAAGUGUUGAAUGAAGAAUGACUUCAGAGAGGCAACAGCUGAAUGAAGAAUGUGGUGUAUUGUAGAUUAUGUAUUUGCGCAGGAAGAGCCAUUUACAGUGAUCUGACCAGCAUCCAUAGAGGGCCAUUUGCAGUGAUCUGAUCUGACUCGAUGGUUAGACAGAUUGCCUGAGAGAAGGAUUGGAAAUCCAUUACUCUAUUAGAAUCAUGGGCUCUGUCAAAGAACGCUGAUGUCUACAUGGCAUAUGAUCAAUCCUGACCAUCUGCCAUGUCAUAUACGUCUUUCAGGUUAUGUUCUCCUCCCACAGGUCUCAGAAACUUGCUCAAGCAAAGGUCUUCCUUGCGAAGUUCUUGAGCAUACAUGUUUCCUUUCCUUUAAAGUUCCUCCAAAUUUUUUUCCUUUUGCCCUCGCUGAUCUUCAAGUUCAUGAACUACUUGCGGUAAAAUGGUCAAUCUCAUAAAGUGACUCUCCAGUUCUUCGUGCAAAAUCAUACUCUUAAUGUUGUUCCUGAAAGCUCUUUUAAAAAAAAAUCUGCAUACUUCAAUUCCAAUAAAACAGUACAGCAUGA